GGGCGUGCUCGGCGUCCUCCGAGUGCUGGUUGUGGAAGGCUGAUGUCGGUUGUGGUGCGUACGAUAUGUACGCAGGUUGAAGUGUUAUAAAUAUGUUUGGAGGAGAUGAUGAUGAUGAUUUCACCCCGGGCUCCAGCUCCAAGCUCGCAUCUUUGUUCGGGGCUGGAAAAUCGUCACAGGAAGGCAACACAUCUUUAACAUACACGGCACCCAAACAGCCAAAGAAAGGUCAAUUAGAAAGUCAGAGUGUGAAAGGGCAGGCCGUUGGACAAGUCGGUGGGCCUACUGUAUCUUCAAGAGCCAAAUUGAGUAUCAUCACAGUGAAGGCAGUCCACGCAUAUAAACUGGCAGAUGGCAAUUACAAUGCUCAAGGGAAGCUGGGUGCAGCAGUGCUCGGAAAUGCAGUGUCUCGAGUGUACCAGCUGCUGCUGUACAAGGGAAAGCAGCAACAUAUCACCAGUGCAUGCAUCUCGCCAUCAUUCCAGUUUGUGGUACAAGCUAAUAAUUAUGCCACAUUCUAUGAUGACCAGAUGCAGAACUGGUCAGUGAUGUUCGAGAGCAGUGGCGAUGCCACAGAGUUUGCGAAAGAGGUGGGCCUGGCCCGUUCAAAUGCACUGGGGGAGCAGGGUGACCACAACUUUAUGACACAGGACCUACUGUUUGGGGUUGGUUCCACGGCAACUGAGGGUGAUAUUGUUGAUGUUUGGUACAUUGUAUUUCCUCUGACUGCAGGGAAGCUAGGUAAGGAGGUGGAGAGCACCACAGACUCAGAGAAGCCGCAGAAAGUGAAGCUGAAGAAGGGGAGCUGGGAGGAGGGGCUGGUUGGAGUGGCAAAGGGUUGCAAGCGCAUGAUAAUAUUGCCACCAGUCCUUGUGGGCCCAUGGAAGGGUAGAGUUCCAGCUGAUUCUGGUGUGGUGCUUCAGGUAGAUGUUGGGCACAUCAAAUCUGGGAGCAGAUCAUCCCACACUGAUAGUGGGGAGAGUUUAGACUCCAGCACUGAUGAUACAAGCAUCAGGGCCAGGGGGGCAUCCAUAUCAGAGGCCCUCACUAACAGUCCAAAGACCCACAAAGCAAGCAUCAUCUCCCGCAUGGCGAGGAUGGGGCAGGCAACCCUGCCUCUCAAGGGAGCCAUUGUGUGUGAUCCCAGUGACUCGGAGGAGGCGGAGGAGGAGUUGAGUGGCCCUGGGGACAUUGCCCCAUCUAUGGUCAGCAAGACACCAAUCAGGAUGCGCCAGUCAAAAUCACGGACUGUGUCGUCGUCAUCGUCAUAUGUUCCUAGUGUGCCGAUGUCAAGCGGGAUGCUGCCUCAGCAGCUGACCAUCUACCAGCCUGUGCCCCCACAGGCGCACCCGUACAUGAGAACAGAUGGCUCAUUGUCAUAUAUGCAACCACAGGGGCAGCUGUACCCUCUGGUGGCACAGCAAGCAGUCGGCACCCAGCAGAUGUUCCCUCUGCCCCCCACCGCCAUAAGCAUGCCACCAGCUAUUUCCUCACCUGACUCUCACCUGUCAGUAUUUCUGGCUGAGACACGAACCCAGAACUCUGAGGUCCGCAUGGGAGUAGCCAAAGUGGCAGACAAGGUGGACCAAGUGUUGAUGAAGGAAGCACCUAGUACAAGCUGUGCACUUCAUAGACUCAAGAAAGGACAUCAAGUUAAAAAGCAGUGAUCUGCAAGGAAUAUAUUUCACAGUAGUGGCUUGGCAAAAACUCAUGCAGUCCACAAGUGUUACAUUUUUUUUUGUCAGUGCGGCUGUAGACGUGAAUGUAACACAGAAGCUGACUCAGAAGUACUGAAGAAGAGGAUGAUACAUUCAUGAGGACUGGAUUGGGCUUGGUGCUGUGAAUGUUGUCAACUGCAGUUCAUAUACAUCUGUAGACAGUGAACUUGCCGAGCAGUGAGUUGUGCAUUCAUUGUGAGAGGGGAAGGGGAGGUGGAGCAGUGAGUUGUGCAUUCAUUGUGAGAGGGGAAGGGGAGGUGGAGCAGUGAGGAAGAAAAGGUAGAUGAAUGUGAACCCAACCCUGUGCUGAGCUUUAUCGAAGCAUACACUGCUUUUCAGAUCAAUAAGCCAUGCUUUCACAUGCACAGAAUUGGCGAAUGUAAUAAACAGAAUAUUUGAACUUAUUAUUGGCGCUGUUUUGCCCGGAACUUAUUCUUUCAACUCAGCAGCUGUCGGACAGAUUUCUUUGUAAGAAAGUGAUUUAGACUCAGAUAUUUUAAAGUGAUGUUUUGACUUCCUUAUUAGUUUUGUAGGCUUAAAUAAAAGAUGUAUGAUAUUUUCUUAUGUUUGCUACACAUUAAAUGAUUUCCUGCAAUAAUUUUUUUUUUCAUCCCCAAACUUCAUCAGAAUUAAUGAACAGAGGUUUCACAGUAUCAGUUUUCUUACCAUCACAGUACUUACUCAUAUGUACUCUGUAUGUGUGUGUAUUAUAUAUAUAAAACGAGAAAGUAGAAAAAUUAUUGCAAAUGUAUGGCACAUAUUUUCACAUGUGAUUGAUGAUGUCUGUGUUACCAUAGAAACAAAAUUCAUUGUUGGUUUAUAGAGCACUACUGCUUGCUGAAUACUGGACAACACUGAAAUAUGUCUUACCAGUAAC